AUGGCAACCCAAACGGCAAUGAGCCGCCAGCCUUAUCCGCCGAUGUCAAGCUAUCAGACACCACAGUCGAAUUCGCCAGCAUCAAUACAUUCUCCACAGACCGACGCCCAUGGACGUCCUCUCUACCAAAUGCCGCCAAUGGCGCAAGCCAUGUACUAUCAGUAUCCUUCCAUGCCUCACCAGUCCCCGUAUGUGCCGCACCAAGCCGCAUCACAUUCGCAUCCGUCAAUGACCUCCGCUCCUGGUGCCCUUAUGUCACAUCAGCCGUCGCAACCACCCAUGGCGCAACAACAGCAGUCACAGCCAAGUCAUCCCCAACCCAGCAUGAUUGACACUAAGCCUGCUCAAUCUACCAUGACCAGGACGCCUUCGGUCAUGGGGGCACCCAGCGCAACGCCUCAGACGCCGUCCGGUCCAGCUCCUGGACCCAUUCCGGCCACAACACCGCUCGUCGUACGUCAGGACAAUACCGGCGUGCAAUGGAUCGCUUUCGAGUACUCACGCGACCGCGUCAAGAUGGAAUACACGAUUCGAUGCGAUGUAGAGUCCGUGAACGUUGACGAGCUCCCUUCGGACUUCAAGUCCAGCAAUUGUGUCUACCCACGCGCUUGCGUUGGGAAGGAACAGUAUAAGGGAAACCGGUUGCACUACGAGAGCGAAUGCAACACAGUGGGCUGGGCGCUUGCGCAACUAAAUCCAGUCUUACGCGAGAAGCGAGGCCUCAUCCAGCGUGCAGUCGACAGCUGGCGCAACAGUAACCAGGACGUACGAUUACGAAGCAGGAGAGUGCGGCGCAUGGCUAAGAUCCAUAACCGGAAGGCGCAAUUGACGCCGGGAGCGGUCUCGGGACCUUCUGGACCUGCGAGCGCAGGUUUACCACCACAAGGUAUGCCUUCUCGAGCAAGCACCCUUGGCUCGGGGCUGUCCCCAAUACAUCAUCAUCAUCACAGCGACACUGGUGGUGGUGAUGAUCACAGCUACAGCGCCGAAAGAGGAGGCUUCCCAAGCAGUAUAUGCCUUGUGUACAUUAUCGCUUUUCUUUGCACGCACAUAUACCCUGUAUUGCUCCUUGUGCUUUAUUGUUACUUCGCUGCUUAUACGCUGGCCGGCUUGUUUGUGCCUCGCUACGCAACCGCACCCCUGCUGCCACACCACAAUCUCGCUUACGAUGAUCGACCGCUAACAAUCUCUUUCACUAUAGGCGGCAAUGAAUAUAGCAACAAUAGUGCGCCGGCACACCAUCACCAAGCGCCACCCUCUGCUGAUGAAUUGACAUCACCGUCCUCGGCCUCGGCUCCACGAUAUGCGCAGAAUUUCUAUCCGACUUACCCUCAGCAACCCGGAGCUCCAGGUUCCUCCUCUAUUCCUACACUUCACAAUGCUAUAGAUCCAAUGCACCCGCAGGCGGCAUCGCUUGCCAUGCCAGCCACUACGCGAAGGGAUGUGAAGGAGGAAAAUGAUGAAGGCACCCGACGCGCUCUCUUCGGUGAUUUGCCAGAGAGUAAGCGACGCAAGUUUAUUCUGGUGGAAGACCAGCAACGUGGCACGAGGGUGCGUGUACGCGUGAUGUUGGACCAAGUAAAGAUGGACGACAUGCCAGACGCGCAUCUGCGGACGAACGCCGUCUUUCCGCGAUCUUACUUUCCGAGGCAAGUCUCACCAUCGGGGCGGGAGCGUUGGGAUGAUGAAGACGACCAAGCAGUUGGUCCGCACGGAUCAGCGCAAGUAGUGGGCAAGACAUACGUCAAGGUGCCAUUGCUGGAUGGAAGUGAAACGGAGCUUCCAGUGCCUCGCAUGACCAAAGGCCGGAGAGCGAAAGAAGUCGCGCUGAACGAACUUGGGUACCGGAUGGCCUGGGGUCAGGCAAGAACUUUCAACGGGCGGACGCUUUUCUUGCAACGGUCACGUGAGUUGGUUUUACCAUCGGUAGGCAGGAUCACGCUAACACUAGGACCGACAGUCGACGCGUAUCGUAGUAAGAUGCGUAGCACUAUGCUUGGAGCUGGACAGGACGUCUCGACGAUUGCACCACACUUUGAAACCCGGCCUGGAAAGAGGAAGUGGCUUGAGCGCAACAAGCGAGUCAAGCGAGGCGAGUCGCCAAGCUGA